AUGGCACCAAGCCCCCCAGGGUACUAUUUCCGGGCGGGCACGGGGGGCGGCAAGAACAUGUGGCACAUCUACCUGCCGGGCGGCGCGUGGUGUGGCACUGCCGCCCAGUGCGUGGCGAGGAGCAAGACGCUUUACGGGACCAGCACGCUCUAUCCCACCGACCCUGAACCUAAUGCGGGCAUUCUCAGCAGCAACAGCAGCAUCAACCCGCCUUUCUACAACUGGAACCUCGUCCGUCUCCUCUACUGUGAUGGUGGCGGCUACGCGGGAACAGCAGGGAGGCUGGAUGUUGGUAACGGCACGUCGAUCUACCUGGAUGGGUGGAACAUCACUCAAGCGGUGAUAGAGGAUCUGAAAUCCAAGAGGGGAAUAAAAUCUGCAGCGCAGAUCCUCCUGUCGGGCAGCUCAGCGGGCGGCCAAGCAGUCGUGGCUCUCUGCGAUCGCAUCGCUGCCGCCUUCCCCUGGGCGGCAACUAAAUGCAUCGCCGACUCAGGCUUCUUUAUUGGACCGAGUGGGCGGGUACACAUGGCGCAACGGUGUGAAGAAUAUUGCUGCUCUGCACAAGCCGAGCUGGCCUGCUUGCCAAGAUGGCCACCCUAUGCAUUUUCCUUAUUCCCUCCUCGUGCUCUCCUCAACCCUUACCCCUUCUUCACUCCCCCCAGGCUUGCCAGAGACUGA